UCCUGUAUCGUUAUAAUAUAUGUAUCGUGGAGAAGCAAUUGGUGCAGACUAUUGUUGACAGUGACAGGGACGUGUCUUUCUGUUUUAAACUUCUGUUUGUUACCUUCUACUGCCUCAACACUGGUCAGCUAAGCUUACCGGAACUGAAGAUCACGUCCGGAUAUUCGGCCAUGCCAAAAUUCGAAACACCGUCCCUUUGUCGCUGAAUAAGAUCGUCCUUGGAAGUGAUCAAGCCUUGGAUAAACGCCGGUGGAUAUUCUCAGUUUCUUAUAGAUCGUCGAUAAACCGACGGUUUCCACAAAAGAGGGGGGAAACGGGACGGCGAAUAAGCCAUGGCGAGGCAGCAGACGACUGACCGGAAUAUUCCUCACCUACGGGACAUAUUCGGGUUCGGUAGUAAAUGGGAGAACGGGAGAACACCGGCCGAGGAAAAAGCUCCAGGACACGAUAGCGCCGUUUCCGUUAGCUCGACUUCUGGCGACGAAGAGAGUCCGAAGAAUAAUAAGAAGAAGAAAUCACGACGUCGCGAUAACAGCAAAACCCUGACGGAGAGUGACGUUAAACACCUCGAGAGACACUUGUCGAUGAAGAAAACGAUCCGGAAGAAGAUAAUGCGCGAUCUUCAACAAGCCUUCGUCGAGGAUCCCAACGAGUUCAGGGUCGAUGACAUUCCUCCUGAACAACUCAAGGCUGAGAUAAAUAUACAGAGCCUUAGCUUUGGCACACCGUCUCAAAAACAGGGACGAAAUCGCGGCAACGCCGAGAGCAAUUUUCUCGACAUGCUCAGAGGUGGUGGCGGCGUUGAGAAGGGGGGAAAUGACGUGGACCGUGAUUCUGGACACGGUGGUUCUCCGACGAGGGAACCUCAGGGUCAAGACGCGGACGAUGAGUGCAGUUACACCUACGAUGGCCACGGAGGUGGAACGCCGGCUUCGAAGAAGCCAGGAAACUUCUGGAGACGUUUCACGAUGAAGAAUCGUAACAAGCGGUAAACUAAACGCGGGAUAUUCCGCAGGCCCGAAAAGCGAGCAUAAUUAAUAUAAUUACAUUAUACAUAUAUAUAUAUAUAUUAGAAUUAUACGAAAUAUAAGAUAUUAAUAUAGCAUAUAUGAUGAUUAAUUAUCGUCCAGCAUAUAUAAUAUUUCUGAAAGCAGAGUAAUUACGUGUGGAAACUGUGAUAUAAGUGCAUUGCCCACCCGAUUAUCCGCAAUCGAUUCACCCGAUACGAGCGAACUUUACAAUUUUCGCUAUCUGCGGAGAUCAGGUUUUGGUAAAACGAUGUAAUACCUAGUGAAUUUAUGUCUCGCGCCAAAUUACUCGUUUCUCAUUGGUCGGUCCGAUUCCACUCGCUAGUGUUAUAAACAGCGAACCAAUUAGAUACGUGAAUUUGGCGCAGGCGCAAUCGACUGUUUCGUUUUACCAAUUACAUGCAAUAAGAUGUCGUUGAAAGACAAUUGUUUGUAUUUUUUUUUAUCUUAAAUAAUGUAUUCCCAUAAUUUAAUUGAAUUAUUCCGUAUUCGUUACGAAUAUUUCCUUAUUCAGACGCCUCGAAUGCUUAAAUCAAUAUACUAAUUUGCAAAUUUUUAACCAUAGAUUCCGAAGCCUUGAUUACAAAUUGUUUUCGCGACUAAUUGGCACGUUAUUUAAUCUACUAUACAUAAUAUAUAAAUGCUUGAUGGAUAUUUGAAUAUACAUAUAUUUAUACAAUAGUACUUUAAUUUUACGUUAUAUUGUACUUUAAGGGAUACAGUUAAGAGUGCUUUCGUAUGUAUAUGAAAAAAGUAAAUAUAUAUAAAAAGAUUAUUGUAUCUGCAUAACUGCGAUGUACUUAAAAUAAAUAUAUCUUACGACGAUUAAGUCUGCGCGUGAUUCCUCUUAAACUGUAGCAAAAAAAAAAAUAAUAAAUGAAAGUAAUGCACGUAUUCACGGUAUAAGUGAUACAUUAAUUAGUUCGAGAAUUACACGUAUUUUGGGUAUUGAGAAGUAUGAUUAUAAAAAAAACGUAACACUAGGCGCUUCUACCAGACCAACAUUUUCGUUGCCACUGUGUGAAAUUGCUGUCUAACAUAUAGCAAUAUAUUAUCGCAUCACAACUAAUAUUGUCAUAUAAGUACACACCUUAUGCUUACAGGGGUUUCAAAUAGAACUUAUUAAUUU